AUGAGGGCUAAAGUACAGUUGAGUAUUGCCCUACUGCUGACCUCCCAGAUGACCAUCAUAGUAGAAACCAUUAAAUGCACUGGAAUCUCUGCAGUGUCUGUUCCGCAUGAAUGGCACCAGGAAGGCAAAUACAUCAUUGGUGGGAUAGCAUCACUCCUUCAUUAUGGAUUCCCCAACUAUGCGUACAAUGUGCACCCUUCUGAGGAAUCAUUUACCUUCCCAUUAAAUGUGGUGACAAAAUUCUACCAACAUGUUUUGUCUUUGGAGUUCGCCAUAAAAGAGAUCAAUCAGGACCCCCAAAUCUUGCCUAACAUCACCCUUGGAUUCCAAAUCUAUGAUAGCUACUCUGAUUCAAAGAUGACCUAUCGUACCAGCCUGGAUCUGCUCUUCAAAGUACAUGAGUUUGUUCCCAACUACCUAUGUGGGGCAACCCAAAAUCUCAUAGGAAUUAUUGGAGGAUUAAGUUCUGAUACUUCCUCACGUAUGGCAGAAAUUUUUCAGCUCUUCAAGAUUCCACAGAUUUCAUAUGGCUUGUUUGAAUUAGAAAUUCCUGCUGAAUCACAUUCUCCAUCUUUUUAUCGUAUGGUCCCUAAUGAAGCUCUUCAAUAUGAGGGUUUAAUCCAGCUCCUUCUGCAUUUCAAGUGGAAAUGGGUAGGGCUCAUCAUAGUGAAUAACCUAGAUGGAGAACAUUUUUUGCAGAUUUUGGAACCCCUGCUUUUGAAAAAUAAGAUCUGCUCUGAAUUCACAGCAAGAUUUGACAAAAAUCAGCAUUUCGGUAGCAUUUCUGGUGUAAUCGAUGAGGCAGUGAGUCAUCUCAGCAUUUUUAAAGAGAAAAAAGCCCAGGCAAUUAUUGUAUAUGGUGAAAACAUAACUGUGAUGUGGUUGGCUUCAGCAUUGCUACUAGGAGUUUAUCUUCUAACUGAUCCAACUUACACUGGGACUUUGUCUACCUCAAAGGUGUGGAUUACAACUGCUCAAAAUGACUUCACUUUACAUCUCAUGCAAAAGUCAUUUCCGAUGCUAAUCUUUCAUGGAGCUCUUGCCUUCAUGUUUCAUAUAAAACAGCCACCAGAAUUUCAGAAUUUUCUUCAGAAAAUCAGCCUUCCUAAUAGGAAAAGAGAUGGCUUUAUUUCCAGUUUUUGGGAACAAGCUUUUGAUUGUACAAAUGGCACCUGUCAUGGAGAAGAACACCUGGAGAGUCUUCUUGCACCUUUCUUUGAAAUGAGCAUGACUGGCCACAGUUACAGCAUCUACAAUGCAGUUUCUGCUCUGGCACAUAGCUUGCACAAAGCUUUCACAUCGCGAUCCACCCAUCAAGUAAGGGAGAGUUGUGCCAGAAAAGUAAAAAAAGUGGAAUCUUGGCAGCUCCACUCAUUUCUGCAGAGAAUUACCUUCAACAACACCGCUGGAGAUGAAAUUAGUUUGAAUGAGCAGGGGAAAUUAGAGGCUGGAUUUGACAUUGUGAACUUGAUCACUUUCCCAAAUAAUUCUUAUGUCAGAAUUCACAUUGGAGAAAUGCGCCCACACAAUUCUCUAGGGAAAGCCUUUUUGAUUAAUGAGGAGAGAAUCCAGUGGCAAUCAGAAUUUACUCAGUUGCCACCUCUUUCCUUAUGCAAUGACCCUUGUCCACCUGGAUUCAGAAAGACAAAGAAGGAAGGGGAGAAAUUUUGCUGCUAUGAUUGUGCUCCAUGUCCAGAAAGGAUGAUAUCAAACCAAAUGGACAUGGAGAAUUGUAUUGUUUGCCCAAAAGAACAAUUUCCAAACCAUGUUCAUGAUAAGUGCAUUCCAAAGACACUGAAUUUCCUCUCCUUUGAAGAGCCACUGGGCAUUACUCUGGUAUCUCUGGCUCUUCUCUUUUCCCUGGUUAUAGGUUUGGUGUUUACAAUCUUCAUUAAGCAACAGGACACUCCUAUUGUCAAAGCCAACAACUGCAACCUCACCUAUCUCCUCCUUAUCUCGCUUUUUCUCUGUUUCCUCUGCUCUCUUUUGUUCAUUGGAUAUCCCAGUAAGGCGACCUGCCUCCUCCGACAAAUAGCAUUUGGUAUCAUCUUCACUGUUGCAAUUUCUUCUAUUUUGGCCAAAACCAUCACAGUCAUUAUAGCAUUCCUAGCAUCAAAGCCAGGAAGCCUAUUCCACAAAUGGGUGGGGAAAAAGUUGGCCUAUUCUAUUAUCUGCUUCUGCUCCUUCAUUCAAGCAGGUAUUUGUAUUGGUUGGCUGGGAACUUCUCCUCCGUUUCCAGAUUUGGACAUGGAAACACUCCAUGAAGAAAUCAUAGUAGAAUGUCAUGAAGGCUCCAUCACCAUGUUUUACUGUGUCUUGAGCUACUUGAGCUUUUUGGCCCUUCUCAGCUUCGCUGCAGCCUUCCUAGCCAGGAAGUUGCCAGACAGUUUUAAUGAAGCCAAGUUCAUCACUUUCAGCAUGUUAGUUUUCUGCAGUGUUUGGCUGACCUUUGUCCCCACCUACCUGAGCACCAAAGGGAAGUACAUGGUGGCUGUGGAGAUCUUUUCUAUUCUGUCUUCCAGUGCUGGUUUACUGGGAUGCAUCUUCAUCCCCAAAAUCUAUAUAAUUGUGCUGAGGCCUGAGCUUAACUCACUGCAGAUUUUUAAGAAAAAACUAGACAAUCACCUGUAC